UUUGUUUUGGUCUCUUUCUGCGUAGAGUUGCUAUCGAAGAGAAAAAAAAAGAAAAGAAAGACAAUUUAAGAAAAAAAAGGGGGGGAAAUCAGAGUAGAGGAAGAUGAGCGAGGGGCUGAGGAAGAAGGACUUGUACGGAGCUCCGAUGUCAAAAAGUUUAUCGGAUGAUCGGAGAUCCGUGCCUCCUCCGUUGGAAACGGCGACGAACAUAAUCUCUUUGAAUCCUUCUCCGCCGAGGAAGAAAGCAGUCAUCAAAAGUGCCGACAUGAAGGAUGAUAUGCAGAAGGAGGCUAUCGACAUCGCCAUCUCGGCAUUCGAGAAGUUCAAUGUGGAGAAGGAUAUAGCUGAACAUAUAAAGAAGGAGUUUGACAAAAAGCAUGGAGCUACUUGGCAUUGCAUUGUUGGCCGCAACUUCGGUUCAUAUGUAACGCACGAGACAAACCAUUUCGUAUACUUUUACCUCGAUCAGAAAGCGGUUUUGCUGUUCAAGUCGGGUUAAAGUGAAGGACACUCUCUCGUCUCAAUAGACAAGAACGGACGGUAGGUAAAGAUUUUCAAAAAAAUGCAACGAUCAACACUCUCUCUCCCCGGCUGUAGUUAGGUCGUGUAAUGUAUGUAUGUGUGUUUUGUGUCGUGUGGUCUUCUUUGGACAAUAUGGUUGUUACUGUCCCAUGUUGAGAGUUGUUCUUAUGAUAGUCUUUUGCAAUGCUACAUGAAUCAUUUUAAGUUUAAAACCUCUUUCUGGAUUUGACAACUUUGAAGAA